CAGUAUAUAGAUGAACAAAUACAAGUGAAGCUCUUAUCAGAAUCAUUUUAUUUAGAUCAAUUUCUGUUGUUAGAAGAAGAAGCUGAAAAUGGAAGACGUGAAUUGCAUCUACAAAAACUACAACGAACCGAUCGAAUCAAGAAUCAAAGACCUCCUCUCUCGAAUGACUAUCAAAGAGAAACUCGGUCAGAUGACUCAGAUCGAUAGAAGCGUCGCGACUCCUUCCGCCAUCAAAGACCUCUCCAUUGGGAGUAUACUCAGCGGUGGUGGUAGUGUACCGUUCGAGAAAGCUAAGCCGUCCGAUUGGGCGGACAUGGUCGACGGCUUUCAGAAGUCAGCGCUCGAAUCGCGGCUUGGAAUUCCACUGUUCUAUGGGAUUGACGCUGUUCAUGGUAACAACAAUGUCUAUGGUGCCACUAUAUUUCCUCACAACGUUGGUCUUGGAGCCACCAGAGAUGCAGACUUGGCUCACAGGAUUGGGGCUGCAAUUGCUCUUGAAGUUAGGGCGACUGGGAUUCACUACAAUUUUGCUCCCUGUGUGGCUGUAUUGAGAGAUCCCAGAUGGGGAAGAUGUUAUGAGAGUUACAGUGAAGACACUGAAAUUGUUAGAAAGAUGACUUCCAUGGUUACAGGCUUGCAGGGACAGCCACCCCAUGGAUACCCAAAAGACUACCCUUUUCUAGCUGGAAGAAACAAUGUAUUGGCAUGUGCCAAGCAUUUCGUUGGAGAUGGGGGUACUGACAAAGGUACAAAUGAGGGGGAUACCAUAUCAUCAUACGAUGAUUUAGAGAGAGUCCAUAUGGCACCUUAUCUAGACUGUAUUGCUCAGGGAGUUUGCACUAUUAUGGCAUCCUACUCUAGCUGGAAUGGAAGCAAACUACACACCGACCAUUUCCUUCUUACAGAAAUUUUGAAAGGAAAGCUGGGAUUUAAGGGUUUUGUAAUUUCUGAUUCAGAAGCACUCGACCGACUUUCCCAGCCUCGUGGAUCUAACUACCAGAACUGCAUCCUGUCUGCUGUCAAUGCUGGAAUUGACAUGGUGAUGAUACCUUAUCGAUAUGAAUUGUUUUUGGAGGAUUUGUUGCAUCUUGUGGAAUCAGGGGAGAUAUCAAUGGCCAGAAUUGAUGAUGCUGUCGAACGAAUCCUGAGAGUAAAAUUUGUUGCUGGACUUUUUGAACAUCCCCUGAGUGAUAGAUCUUUGCUAGAUAUGGUUGGCUGCAAGCUGCAUAGAGAACUAGCACGUGAGGCUGUUCGCAAGUCCUUAGUGCUGCUGAAGAAUGGAAAGGAUUCAAAGAAACCAUUUCUUCCAUUAGACAGGAAUGCUAAAAGAAUUCUCCUUACUGGAAGUCAUGCUGAUGAUCUUGGAUAUCAGUGUGGAGGAUGGACAGCUACUUGGCAGGGAACCAGUGGCAGAAUUACGAUUGGAACCACCAUUUUGGAUGCUAUUAAAGAAGCAGUUGGAGACAAAACAGAAGUUAUAUACGAGAAAAAUCCAUCACCAGACACCUUUGCAGGUCAAGAUUUCACUUUUGCUAUUGUAGCUGUGGGUGAAGCUCCAUAUGCUGAAACAGAGGGUGACAAUUCGGAGCUUAAAAUUCCCUUUAAUGGAACUGAACUGAUUAGCUCAGUUGCUGACAGAGUUCCCACAUUGGUGAUUUUGAUCUCUGGAAGGCCCUUAGUUUUAGAGCCAUGGCUCUUGGAAAAGAUAGAUGCUCUUGUUGCUGCUUGGUUGCCUGGCACCGAGGGAGGGGGAAUUGCAGAUGUUGUGUUUGGUGAUUACGAGUUUAAAGGACUACUCCCAAUGACAUGGUUUAAAAGGGUCGAACAAUUGCCAAUGCAUGCUGGGGAGAAUACAUAUGACCCUCUAUUUCCCCUUGGCUUUGGGUUGACAACCAACAAGAAGGUGUAGACAGAAGGUGCUACUAAACUGUUGAGUGUACUACAACCAAAUUUGUUGUUAUUUUCUUAUGCCAAGUUGCCAACUAAGCUAUGGUAUGUUUCAUGUAGUGUAUAUUGGGAGAUAUUUGCACAUUGUAUUUGGGAUCUAAAAACAUUAUGCUAUAUAAAUUCUCGGAAUUUAUUGUUA